CACUCUUCACUCACACACAGACUCCUUCAGCCCAAAUGCAAUAACCUAAUUCUUCUACGCCUACCACCAUUAAACUAUUCUCUCUCUACCAAUAUUUAAACCCUGAACAAAUGGAAAGGUAGAGAGAGAAACAAAACUCAGUCACCUACCCUCUAAACUUUCUCUCUCUAGAUUGUUUUGUUGGUUUCUCAGAAAGUUUAUACCUUUUUCAUCUUCUCUUUGGUUUUCUCGUCCAUUUUUUAUUGAAUUCUUCAAUUACUCCCCUCCAUUUCUCAAAUUCUCCCCUGCCCAUUUCACAAAAAUGAAUUUUCUGAUGACCCAUUUGUUAAAAAUCUAAUCUUUUCAUUGAUUGAGAGCUUAUAAAUUGUUCUAUUUAUAAGGUUUUUAUUAUUGGGUAGGCGAGAAAUUCAGAUGUUUGAUGAAAAUAGACCCGGGUUUCUCUCAAUCUCUGGUUUGGAUUCUCAAUGGAGUUUCCAAGAUGGGAGCUUUAUUCCAGGUGGUGGGCUUUUUGCCAGUGUUAAUCAGAUGGGAAUGGGAUUCCCAAAUCCAAGUGAUAACAGCAGCUUGAAAUCUUUAUACAAUGAUUUGUUUGAAAAAUAUUUGUCUUUUGUUGGUGUUCAGGAGGAGGAGGGGACUGUGAAAAAGAAAAAGAAUGGGCUGAAACUGAAGAUUAAAGUUAAAAAUCCUAUGUUGAGACGGUUAGUUAGCGGCGGAAUUGCUGGUGCUGUGUCUAGAACAGCUGUUGCUCCUUUGGAGACUAUAAGGACUCAUUUGAUGGUGGGGAGUAGUGGCCAUUCUAGUAGUGAAGUGUUUGAUAAUAUCAUGAAAACUGAUGGAUGGAAGGGUUUGUUUAGAGGCAAUUUGGUUAAUGUGAUUCGGGUUGCGCCUAGUAAGGCCAUUGAGCUGUUUGCAUACGACACGGUUAAUAAAGCUUUGUCGUCCAAACCUGGCGAGCAAUCUAAACUCCCCCUUCCAGCCUCACUAAUAGCUGGUGCUUGUGCUGGAGUGAGCUCAACUAUCUGCACGUAUCCGCUUGAAUUGGUCAAGACGCGACUAACCAUACAGAGAGGGGUUUAUGAUGGUAUAGUAGACGCAUUCGUGAAAAUACUGCGAGAAGAGGGUCCUGCUGAACUCUAUCGAGGCUUAGCUCCUAGCCUCAUUGGAGUUAUUCCAUAUGCUGCAACAAAUUACUUUGCUUACGACACAUUACGGAAAUCCUAUCGGAAAAUCUUUAAGCAGGAGAAGAUUGGGAACAUUGAAACCCUUUUAAUCGGAUCAGCAGCUGGAGCUAUAUCAAGUAGUGCAACUUUUCCGUUAGAGGUUGUUCGAAAGCACAUGCAAGUUGGAGCUGUCAGCGGAAGACAGGUAUACAAGAAUGUAUUUCAUGCACUUGCAACCAUUUUUGAGAAAGAAGGGAUUCAGGGUUUGUAUAAAGGGCUCGGUCCUAGCUGCAUGAAGCUGGUACCUGCAGCUGGAAUUGCUUUUAUGUGCUAUGAAGCGUGCAAGAAGAUUCUUAUCGAGGAAGAUGAAGAGCAAUAGUAGAGAUAACAAAAUAACAUUUUCUGUUAUGAAAACUGAGAUGUUUUUUUUUGUUCACACACGAGAAGAAAUGGUUUUGCAGUUUUUUAAUUAGUUGAUUUCUGCUUAUGAUUUCCCUUUUUGUUCAAAGAAUAAACAGAUCAAGUUUUGAAGAAGAUUCAGCUAAA